GAGGGUUGGUGGCUUGGGGUCACCAGCACAGAUGAUCCAGGGACCCUGAACAGGGAGGAAGGUGCCCUGGAAGCUCCCUUAGUGGGUCCCUGCAGUGAGGGGGGAAAGGAGGAUCUCCAUCCGGGAUCAGUUGAAGACCUCAUAACAAGAGGGCUGAAGUAAUGACCAAAGCUUUGGACAGUCGGGUGUCAUCAGUGAGGUCACCGUGUGUGCUGUGCUUUGUUGGUGUCUUGUGAAGAGGUGCAUCAUCCCCCCACAGCCACACCAAGCUGGUCUGGGCUUUGCAGCUCUUUUCGAGGCUACCCCAUUUAGGUGUUUAAGGCUGCCUCCUGUGCUCCCCGAAGUCUUGUGUUGAUUCUUCAUAGCUGGUGAAAGAUAAGAAGAACAAGGCGUGAGGAGCAGUUGAAGGAACUGGAGAUGUUGAAUUUUCAGAAAAAGCAGGAGGCAAGAAUGCAAAUGGGACAAUAAUCCAUGUCAGCGUACCAUGGAAUGUCCUCCGUGAUGACACCGCAGAUCUCCUAAGCUGUGGUUGAAUCUUCGAUGUGUCAAGACAUGCACAAUCAACAUCAACACCUUGGUCUCUAAUUCUUGCAACUAAAACCUGCCACCAAAUUUAGAUGGAGAUGGCCUCAGGAGCAGAACAUGAAAUUGCACAAUUCCACAGAGGAACAACUGCUCCAUGACACAGAAGGAAAGAGGAGCUUACUGGCUGUCCGUUAGUAAUUAUUGGGUUUUGCUCGCAGGAACAACACAUUAAGACUUACUAAUUAUAAGUUCUGAAAACUUGUGGCUUGAAUGCGGAAAAAAGGAAUUGAUGUCAGAGACCAGCCUGCGAAAAAAGGGACCCUCCACACCACAGCCAUGGCCUGCAACACCCUCUGCCAGCCCUGCGGACCCACCCCGCUGGCCAACAGCUGCAAUGAGCCCUGUGCCCUGCAAUGCCAGGAUUCCCACGUCAUCAUCAACCCUUCCCCUGUGCUGGUCACCCUGCCAGGACCCAUCAUGACCUCCUUCCCCCAGAACACCGCCGUCGGAUCCACCUCCUCGGCUGCUCUGGGCAGUGAGCUCAGUGUGCAGGGACAGCCCAUCUCUGGUGGAUUUGGCUUUGGCCUUGGCUACGGCCGUGGAUUUGGCUAUGGGCUGGGCGGCCUGGGCUGGUAUGGCAGAAGGGGCAGCUACAUCUGCUAAUGGCCCUCGGCACACCAUGCUCCAACUGUGGGGCAGGAAGGCACUGAUGGUCUGGCAAAACCUCCUCCAAGCAAUGGGCUUCGGCUGCUCGCCCUACUUGCGCUUCAGCCUGGCUCCCUUCCAUUUGCUCCUUAUGGCCUUUCAGUCUUCCACCUCAAUAAAGUUUUUCUGCACCACAUUUUA